AUGAAGAACCCCUUGCACAACCCAUUGCCUGCCUCACUAUCUAGCGAAUGCAAAAAGGCCGCUGCGAUUCUUGAAUCCUUCACCAACCCGAAACUCAAAAUCGAUGGAGAAAUCCCGCGUAAGAUAUUCGUGGGCGCCAAGGGAAUCGCCGUAUUCACAGCGCUCAGACUUGGAUUCCUAGGCUCUAUCCGCUUUGGUUCGGGACUGAUUGUCGCGCGUCUCCCAGAUGGCAGCUGGUCCGCGCCUUCAGCCAUGGCAAUGGGCGGCCUCGGCGCUGGUGGUCAAUUUGGUGCAGAAUUGACGGAUUUCGUAUUCGUCCUAGCCACGGAUUCUGCAGUGAAGACAUUCAUGCAGUCGGGAAACUUGACCCUGGGUGGUAAUAUUUCCAUGGCUGUUGGGCCCAUUGGUCGGAGUGCCGAGGCUGGGGGUGUAGUGGGAACCAAGGGUGCUACUGGCGUAUUUGCUUACUCCAAGACCCGUGGAUUGUACGGCGGUCUUACAGUGGAGGGUGGUGUGCUUGCAGAACGUGCCGAUGCAAACAAAAAGCUAUAUGGACGGAAAAUUCGAGCAAAGGAGCUGCUGAGCGGAUCUAUUCCGCCGCCACCUGAAGCUGGAGCCCUCAUUGAGCUUUUGAGUACCGACUUCUUCCGCGCCGAAGAACCUGCGGAAUCUACCCCGGAGGGCUCUGAGCAGCCGCACGAGCAAAAUGCCGAGGCUUCUGCGCAACCGGCCGUUGGGCAACCACAAGGGGUUUCGGUGCCUACUCCUGAUCAUUUAGCAGCUGCCGGGUUAAAUGCAGAGCAAUCGCGCGAACACAACACCGAGGCUUCUGCGCAAACCCCCGAUGAGCAAUCACAGGCAAUCUUGGCGCCUGCUCCUAAUCAGUUAGCAGCUACCGAGCCAAGCGCAGAGAAGACGCCUGGAACAGCGGGGCCACUCACCAAAGACUCCCACAAUCUAUGUCAUGAGCUGGGUCCCCAGGAGACAACACUGGCUACCGAAAGUAAACCAACCACUGAGCUAGGCACCGAGAAAGCAACUGGGGAUGUCGAAGUAUCGAACGACGUUACCCAAGAUGUGCAUACGUCAAACGCGCAAGAGCCUAUGCCUACAAGCGAGAUUGUUUCUGCUGUUGAGCCGAGUACGCAAUCAGUGACUAAAGGCAAAGAACCUGCAGCUCAAGACACACACGAUACCUCUCGUGAGCUAGGUGUCUCGGGGUCUAUCCCCGCUACUGAGCGGCCAUCAGACAGAAUAGAGACUGCCCCCAGUGUCAGUCGCUGA